CCGUACUUGUUAUUUUUCAUUCUUUCGUGUUUCUUUCAAUUCGAAGACAUAACAAAGAAUCAGGUCUAAAGGCAAAACACAAAUCGCCUCUAAUGCCCCGUCACACUAGGAGGACCCAGCCACCACAAGCGGGCAUGAGAUAAAGCCAAGUUGAAAAGUAGCUCUGUGCCACUUAAAUCAACCGUCAAACGAUGGAAGCUGCUAUAAGAUGGUCACCGCACUCCUGUCCCGAUCGGCAACAGUUUUUGAUCGUGGAUGUCCAAGCGAACCGCCUCCAGCUUUGCCAAAUCGAGGGAUUGACCUCUAAGAUCGUAACUUACAAAAAGCUUUCCAAACGUGACAGGCUGCCGAAUUAUACUGCUUUCGACUGGUCCAAAACUCAGCCGUAUCUCGUCGCUUUAGGUGCACAGUCAGGUGAGGCGAAUCUGGUACGCAUCGACCCUGACCGACAUGAUGAUGCAAGAGUGUCAUUUCCUAUUCGGUAUCCACGGAAAUGCAACUCGAUAGCCUUCAGUACCAAAGAUUUCCUUGCUACUGGCUUGGAUAGGGUGCGUAACGAUCAUUGCAUGAAUAUCUAUGAUCUACAGGGAAAUAAUUCGGCCGGUCUUCGAUCGACAGAGCCAUUCCGAAAGCUCGCUUCUUCAGAACCUAUCUCCAGCAUUAAGUUCUUUGUCAAUCAGCCAGACACGUUGGUCUGUGGUGUUACACGACAAUGCAUCAGGUUGUUCGACAUAAGAGACAACAAUUCAUCUGGGGCGCAUUUUUUUACCACUCGCCAAGUCCAUAAUCUCGCUAUAGAUCCAUUGGAUGAAAAUUACUUCAUCUCUGCUGGUCCUGCCGGAGAACCAAUUGUCAGUGUAUGGGAUCGACGCAUGGCCUCAAAAUCCUCUCCUUCGACGCCAUCUUCAGAAUCUGGACCAGCAGGUGCUGUGUUGGAAAUGAAACCCGCAGUUGAGAAUAGCAAUAAUGCAAAUAUAUGGGCACUAAGAUAUUCAGGCACCAAGCGGGGCUGUUUUGGUGUAUUAUCAAGCACCGGUGAAUUUAAAGUCGUCGAAACAUCGAGACACAGCGCAACAACAACUCUCAACACUCCGAUCAACAACUUCGGGGGCAACUUCUGGGCUUCUAAAGAUUACAUAAAGCGUAUUCAUCACCUCACAUAUCCGUGGUAUGACGCAGAGAAUGGUAGGGGCGAGCAUUCUCGCGUCAUUGGUUACGAUUUUGUGUCUGCUGGUAUAUUAUCUGAUGAUAUCGGCAUCUUGGCUCUGCGCCCCAAUCGAGAUGUUGAGCUCAUGAAAGUGCCAAAUGUUCCACGGAAGUUGUGCUUCACUGCAAAAGACGAGUUAUAUAUUGAUAAUUUCCUCCUACAACCCUCUCAUCCGAGGAUCUUAGGCGGCAAUCCUGUGGCCGUCGAUCUGGCUUCACUCCAAGAAGAAGCAAAGAACUCUGAAAAUGUUGUUCGAAGCACAGAACAAGCGAAACUGAAGACCGAAGACCGCUUGGGCAAGUUGAGCAUGGAGAACUUUGGUCAUAAGGCACCACCAAGCUACGAAACCCCACUCUUAGCUUCAAGCGGUGACAAGCAUGAACAACAUCUGAUGAUGUGGUUCCCUGAAUAUGUACCAAAGAUCGGAGAUGCUUUAGAUAUUCUCAGGACGCAAAGAAGGAGGUGUUUCGAAGGCUAUCAGCUCAAUCCGCAAAAAAACAAGGAGAUUGUAUCAAACGAUCCAUGGCUUGUAGAUAUGUGGGACACUAUCAAACGCUUUGAUGACUUGGCAAAAGACAAAGGCAUGACUGCUGCUGGUCUAGAUUUGAGCUAUCUCGGCAUCUACUCGAUUUGGAACAACACUCUAGGUAUGAGUCGCAACAGGAAUAUCGAUGGCUCACCGCUUGGAGAAGCCCGAUUCAUCAGCGCGGUAACAUCAAUCGUGAACGACAAGGAUUAUCCGUCAUUUCAAGGUCAUAAAACGAAAUAUCCUGCUCACAGACAACUCUGUCUUGCGAUGUGCGGUUGGACUUUUUCCAAAGAACGCCAACGAGUAUUCUGUGAACGAUUGAUGGACAAUAAAGAAUACUACAAAGCCGUAGUUAUUGCUGUUAUGAGGGGCUUCAAGGAUCUCGCUCAAGAAUUGCUACGCUCUGCGAUACAACAGAAAGCACUUUCGAACAUUGGACUGGGUGCUGUUAUUGCUUGCGAAAGCGUCAACAGCGAGCAGCGAGAACUUUGCGAAUGGAUGGCAGAAGAAACGGACGAUCCCUAUCUCAAGGCUCUUUUGAACUACUUUAUCAAAGGUGAUUGGAAAAUCGUUGCAGAUAUGCCACAACUUGCUCUCUCUGACCGUGUGGGUGUCGCACUUAAAUACCUUGAUGAUAAACGGCUCGACGAAUUCAUCAAAAUCCGUACUAAGGAAGCUAUGCUCAUUGGCAACAUCGAAGGACUUGUCUUGACUGGUCUCUCAGAUCAGUCCAUAACGCUCUUCUCCAACUAUAUACGCAAGUUUAAUGAUUUGCAAACAGCCGUGCUAGCAAUGUCCUUCACGUGUCCGCUAUACCUCGACGAUUUCCGCUUUGACAUGUGGAAAGAGACAUACAAGCUACAGAUGCAAACAUGGCGUGCAUUCCAUGAACGCACGAAAUAUCUCGAGGCUCACGCUCAAACUUCCAAGACCCACGAUGGCCGCCUGUUUGGUACAGUCGAUGAACGCCCAGCUACCCUACGCUGUCCACACUGUCUAAAUCCACUCGCACAGCGCACCAUGCAAAACGCUCCAGAUGGGUCAGUCGUCACUUCUAGCGCUUCAACUCGAGAGUACACACAUGGAGUUUUGGCCAAAAAUGGUCAGAUAUGCGCGUACUGUGGUCACAAAAUGCCAGUGUGUGGAAUAUGCUCGUUGCCACUCGCUAGUCCGGAUCCUCGGCGUUUAAACUCUGCCACAUCGAAGAAAUUAGAAGAAGAGGAUAGCAUUGCAAGACAGGCCGUUAGGUGCUCGACAUGUGGGCACACAUUUCACGGACAUCAUGCAAGAGAUUGGUUUGCCAGACAUAAAACGUGUCCAGAACUUGACUGCAACUGCAUGUGCGCAUCGUUGCACUGAACAUGGUUGCCGCUGAGAUUUGGAGGAUCUGAAAAAAGCACUAUUAUUCGAAACCAAGAGCAAUCCAAGAUGCGCUCGCAGCAUAUAACG